AUGAAGUGCUUUUUUUGUGUUGUUUUGGCGGGAUGUUUGCUGGUGAGCGUGUUACAAGGUAAGUUAAUGAUGACUAAUGUUAUUUUAGGAUUUUUAAAUAGAUUUUAAUUGUUUUAAGACUCUUUUCUUCGUCUUCUGGCUUGCAAUGAGGCUCAGUAGGUCCGGCCUCAGCUCGGACAAUUAAAUUAUUGCUUAUUUAGGGUACACAAGUGGUACAAUACAACUUUCUUAGUUAUUAUUUUAACGACUUUAUACAAAGGUCGGGUCAAACUAAAGCAAAUUCAAAGUAGACCGGGACGGUUUAUGUGAGUCUAAGAGCUGAAGGGCAUUUUAAGGCUUGACUUGCCGGGCCGGGCCAAAAGUUGGGCUUGCGCUUUUUAGAGUUCUGUGCUCGUCAUUAGUUUGGGGUAAGGCUAGGGCUCGAAGAAACUUUUUUCUUAUUAUUUAGCUACAAAGCUGUUUGUUUGCAUGUUUCAUGCUUUACUUCUCUUAUUGUAUGUACUGUAUUGUCUAGACCAUCCAUGUCUUACCUAAAAUUCCUUCGUUCUUUGGCUUAUCAGGGAUAACCUUAAUUACUCUUUGACCUACCAGGUAACACUUCAAUUUUGCUCCAACUUUUUUUUUCACUAGUUUUGUAAACUCUGAACUCUAACCUCUCAGAUACGUUUUCCAUUGUCUAAAAUUUGAUAGAUACUAAACGUUUGUUUAAAACCUUCUUCAUGAAGCCACAUUGUUGCAAUAUAAAAACAAAGAAGUCUUUUUUUUGUCAAAUCAGCUGCAUCAUCAAUUUUCAUGGUUCCGCUCAAACCUUGAUUUAUGAGAUCUGCGAUUUAUGUUUUUGUGAUUCGAUUUGUAACCGCGCUACCGUACAUCAGAUUAGACAAGAAAAAACCAGGGCAGUUUUUGAAUAAUACAAGUUUUUGUUACUGUCUACGCUGUUGAAAAAAUAAAAAUAGAUGUUGUUAGAUAAACUUGCAGGCUUAUCUUGUGAAAAUCUUUGAUGCGAAUGUUUCUCAGAAGCCUUGAAAUAAGCAGUAAAACUCUUGAAAAAAUUGUAGAAGCUCGUUUGUCUUUGUCAAAAUUACAAGCUAGCGUGACUACUGAUAGGUAACUUAUUUUUUCUCUGUUUUAUGAUAUUUUUCGAAAUUUCUGGAAAAAAAAACUUUAGGAGGUUGUUGUCGCAACUUGUGUGGUCUUUUGACUAAUUUGUGGAUGGACAAUAAAGAUUGAGAGCGGUUUAAGACUAGCCCUGAAAUUAUGGAUAGAGAUAAAACUAAAGUUAAAGAUAAAGCUAAAGCAAGGGCUAAGGCUUAGACUUAGGCUUAGGUUUAGGCUUAGGCUUAGGCUUAGGCUUAGGCUUAGGUGUAGGCUUAGGCUUAGGCUUAGGUUUAAGCUUAGGUUUAGACUUAGGUUAAGGCUAAGUCUAAAGCUAAGGCUAAGGCUAAAACUAAGGAUAAGGCUAGAGUUUAGGCGUCUCUUUCACUUCUAUGUUGCUUGUUUCUGUCUAAACCACUAAAGUCAAAACAAAAACUAAAUUUAACACUUCAGCCGCCCCACCACGUGGAAUAUCCGACGGCAAGUUCACGCUAUACAUAACCAACGAUGAGUUCUACGUUCGCAAAGGUCCGUUGAAGUACGGUGGUAAAGACAAGUACAAACCAGGAAUUUUGAAUGUACAAUCCAAACAAACUCCAGCCAUCUUCUACGCUACGAACAGGAGUGGCCGACCUGUCGCUUAUGAUUUCUUGAACUCAAAACAAUCUUUCCAACAGCCCAAUGAUCAACAAGACUUUAUUAGCUGGGCUAAACAGAUGGCACCUUUUGAGAAGUGA